GUACACGCACACACACACAGAAAUAUGGAGCAGAAGAAGAUCCUGUGUGUAGGUUUGGUGUGUUUGGACAUCAUUAACGUGGUGGAUACAUUUCCGGAAGAGGACACGGACACCAGAUGUGUGUCCCAGAGGUGGCAGCGAGGUGGGAACGCCUCAAACUCCUGCACGAUUCUGUCUCUGCUCAGUGCUCCCUGUGCCUUCAUGGGUUCUCUGGCUCCUGGACAUGUUGUUAGCUUCAUCGUGGGUGAUUUUAGCCGCCGCGGUGUGGAUAUUUCUGGUGUAGUGUGGCAACAGUGUGGCGAGACACCGUGUGCAUGUUGUAUUGUUUGUCAAAAGUCAGGUUCUCGCACCGUGGUUCUCUAUGAUACAAACCUGCUUGAUGUUUCUGCAGAUGAUUUCUCAAAGGUGGAUCUCAGUCAGUUUAAGUGGAUUCACUUUGAGGGUCGUAACGCUGAUGAACAGGUGAAGAUGAUCGAGCAGGUGAAAAGCUACAACGCCACGCAUGAGGAGAAGAACAGGAUCACUAUCUCUGUGGAGAUUGAGAAAACCCGUCCCUCAUUCUAUCAGCUUUUCUCCCAUGGAGACGUUGUACAGUCCAACUUUACUACUAUCAAACUUUUCUCCAGUCUGACUUUACUACCGUCCAACUUUACUCCAGUCUGACUUUAUUCCAGUGUGACUUUAUUCCAGUCUGACUUUACUACCGUCCGACUUUACUACUGUCCAACUUUACUUCAGUCCGACUUUAUUCCAAUCUGACUUUACUCUGGUCUGACUUUACUACCGUCCAACUUUACUCCAGUCUGACUUUAUUACCCUCAAACUUUAUUCCAGUCUGACUUUAUUCCAGUAUAACUUUACAACCGUCCAACUUUACUCCAGUCUGACGUUACUACCAUCCAUCUUUACUCCAGUCUGACUUUACUACCGUCCAACUUUACUCCAGUUUGACUUUAUUCCAGUCUGACAUUACAACCAUCCAACUUUACUCCAGUCUGACUUUACUACCAUCCAUCUUUACUCCAGUCUGACUUUAUUCCAGUCUGACUUUACUACCAUCCAACUUUACUCCUGUCUGACUUUAGUACCGUCCAACUUUACCCCAGUCUGACUUCACUCCAGUCUGACUUUAUUACCAUCCAACUUUACUCCAGUAUGAUUUACCAACCGUCCAACUUUACUACUGUCCGACUUUACUCCAGUCUGACUUUACUACCAUCCAACUUUACUCCGGUCUGACUUUACUCCGGUCUGACUUUGCUACCAUCCAGCUUUACUCCGGUCUGACUUUACUCCGGUCUGACUUUACUCCGGUCUGACUUUACUCCGGUCUGACUUGCCUACCAUCCAACAUUACUCCAGUCUGACUUUACUCCAGCCUGACUUUACUAAUACCCAACUUUACUCCAGUCUGACUUUACUACCGUCCAACUUUAUUCCAGUCUGACUUCACUCCAGUCUGACUCUACUACCAUCCAACUUUACUCCAGUCUGACUUUACUACCAUCCAACUUUACUCCAGUCUGACUUUACUCUGGUCUGACUUUAUUCCAGUGUGACUUUACUACCGUCCAACUUUAUUCCAGUCUGACUUUAUUCCAGUAUAAAUUUACUACCAUCCAACUUUACUCCAGUCUGACUUUACUCCAGUCCGACUUUAUUCCAAUCUGCCUUUAUUCCAGUCUGACUUUAGUACCGUCCAACUUUACCCCAGUCUGACUUUGCUACCAUCCGACUUUACUCCAGUGUAACUUUAUUCCAGUCUGACUUUACUACCAUUAACUUUACUCCAGCCUGACUUUACUAAUAUCCAACUUUACUCCAGUCUGACUUUACUACCGUCCAACUUUACUCCUGUCUGACUUCACUCCAGUCUGACUUUACUACCAUCCAACUUUACUCCAGUAUGACUUUACAACCGUCCAACUUUACUCCAGUCUGACUUUACUCUGGUCUGACUUUAUUCCAGUGUGAUUUUACAACCAUCCAACUUUAUUCCAGUAUGACUUUACUACUGUCCGACUUUACUCCAGUCUGACUUUAUUCCAGUCUGACUUUACUACCAUCCAACUUUACUCCAGUCUGACUUUAUUCCAGUGUGACUUUACUACCGUCCAACUUUACUUCAGUCCGACUUUAUUCCAAUCUGCCUUUACUCUGGUCUCACUUUACUACCAUCCAACUUUACUCCAGCCUGACUUUAUUCCGGUCUGACUUUACAUCCGGUCUGACUUUACUCCGGUCUGACUUUACUCCGGUCUGACUUUACUCCGGUCUGACUUUACUACCAUCCGACUUUACUCCAGUGUGACUUUAUUCCAGUCUGACUUUACUACUAUCCAACUUUGCUCCAGUCUGACUUUACUACCAUCCAACUUUUCUCCAGUCUGACUUUACUACCAUUAACUUUACUCCAAUCUGACUUUACUCCAUUAACUUUACUCCAGUCUGACUUUACUACCAUCCAACUUUACUCCAGUCUGACUUACUACCAUCCAACUUUACUCCAGUAUGACUUUACAAAUGUCCAACUUUAUUCCAGUCUGACUUUAUUCCAGUCUAACUUUACUACCGUCCAACUUUACUCCGGUCUGACUUUACUCCGGUCUGACUUUACUCCGGUCUGACUUUACUCCGGUCUGACUUUACUCCGGUCUGACUUUACUCUGG